UGUGUGUGUGUGUGUGUGGGUGUGCGGAAAGACGCGAUCGGCUGGUAUAAUGGGAGCAGCAGAGUUUUGAAGAGACUUUUUGUUAAAACUCCAACUUUCCUCUUUGGCCACCGGGAAGACCGCAGGCUGUCCGUCUCUGAUAUGGGAGACGUGUGGCGUUUUCAUCUGACAAGUUAAACAGCAGGCAGAAAACAGAGAUGGGAAGUUCUGCUCUGCUGGUGGUGUUAACUGGAGCUUUUUUAUGCAUUUCUACCAUCCAUGCUGACGAUCAGGGGGCCAAAAGUGUCGAUGAAAACUUGCUGUGCGUAUGCAAAAGCCACAAAGACAUUUGUGAGAAUGGAACUUGCAGAGGAGAGGUUUGCUUCUAUUCCUUGGUUGAAGGCACAGAGGAGAUGGGCUGUUUCUCAAAUCACAUCAACGAGCAAUGCUCUGGCUCCUUCCACAACCUUUUUGUCAGCUGCUGCAGACAAAACAAUUGCAACGCUCUGAUCACCCCACCUCCAAAUAUCACAACACCUCCAGAACUCCCACGCCCGGAGCUGUGGAUCGCUGUGUCUGUGUUGCUCUUACUCAUCGCUGUAAGUGUCUGCUUGGUGCUAUUCCUGCGCUUCCGACCAGCACGCUGUAGACUGAAAGACUCAGAAGAGCGCGAUGCUGCUAUGGUCCCCUGUGGAGAUGACCCCACAUAUGGCGAUAUUUUUGAUGAGUUUUGCACAUCUGGAAGUGGGACCGGGCUUCCAUAUCUGGUCCAAAGGACAAUGGCGAGGCAGAUCUCCCUCGCUCAGUGUGUUGGUAAAGGCAGGUAUGGUGAGGUGUGGAGGGGGACAUGGAUGGGGGAGAGUGUAGCUGUCAAGAUUUUCUCCUCCAGGGACGAGCAGUCCUGGUUCAGGGAGACAGAGAUCUACAACACUGUGCAGCUUCGCCAUGACAACAUACUCGGUUUUAUAGCCUCGGACAUGACAUCCAAGAAUUCCAGCACCCAGUUGUGGCUCGUCACCCACUUUCAUGAGCUGGGUUCGCUCUACGACUUCCUCCAAUACAGCAGCCUGGAACCAGAGAGCUGCUUGAGGAUGUGCCUUUCAGUGGCCUGUGGCCUGGUCCACCUCCACACUGAGAUUGUCAGCUCCCAGGAAAAGCCAGCAAUCGCCCACCGAGACCUGAAAAGCCGGAAUAUCCUGGUGAAGCGGAACGGGCAGUGCUGCAUCGCUGACCUAGGCUUGGCUGUAAUCCACUCUCAGUCCCACGACUACCUGGAUGUAGGCAACAACCCUCGAGUGGGGACCAAACGCUACAUGGCUCCUGAGGUGCUGGAUGAGACUAUCCGCGUGGAUGUCUUUGAGUCUUAUAAGCAAACCGACAUCUGGGCUCUUGGCCUUGUCUUCUGGGAGAUAACCCGCAGGACAAUUGUCAAUGGUAUUGUGGAAGAGUACCGUCCUCCAUUCUUUGACCUAGUGCCCUCAGAUCCAAGCUUUGAGGAGAUGAAGAAGGUGGUGUGCGUGGACCAUCAGAGACCCAGUCUGCACAACAGACUCCACUCCCACCCAAUCCUUUCAACGAUUGUUAAAAUCAUGAAGGAGUGUUGGUAUCAGAACCCAACAGCCCGCCUCUCAGCCUUGCGAGUGAAGAAGACUCUCUCCAAACUAAACAUUGACAGCGAUUACAGUAUUGAGAAACUCAAACGGGACAUCUAGACAGAAGAACCAGAAUGACAACAGGAUGUCCUACUGAAAAUUAGAGAUUUUUCACCACAUUACAACCAAAUGAUGAAUGAACAUUUAUUGUUAGGACCCAAAAACUCAGAAGGUGACCGCUUGAUAUUAAAACCAUUUAUCCUGACUUCUUUUUUCCUCCAACGGAUUAUUUUCAUUAGCCAUGUCUCUGGGAUCUCCAGACACAGUUUACAGCAACGUUUUUCCACAUAUGGGUCUUUACUCAUUCUUAUCUAAAUCCCUAUCAUUGAGACAGAAUGGAAAAUCAAUGAUAGCAAAAAUACUCAUGCUAUUAUGAAGAGCCUUUUUUCUUUUGAAGUAUGGAUUUCCCCACAAUGACCAAAACCACAUAAAAUCCCAUAAAUCAUAACAGAUGGUUAACUUAAUUAUAGAAUAUUACAACAAAGCCCUUCUCCUAUUCUGCAAGUAUACUUAACUUAAUUUUAAUGAACAUGUAUUAUCUGCAGCACAGUCAGACUGUACAUAACAGCACUGGAGCCAUAUUGACUUAGUCUUUAUUAACAAUAUGCACUCUUGUAAAUAAUUUUCUAAAGACAUUUUUUAUUAAUUUCUUGUAGUCAACCAAGAAACACUUUUUUAUGUAUUUUUUCAAAUUAUUUUUUUACGUUUCAGUAGGCUUUAUAUGGAACAUCACAUGAUUAUGAUCAGAAAUCAGCUCACAAAAUGACAUGUAAAUUUUAUAUCUUGAAUAAAGGAUUGUAUUUUGUAAUGUGAUGAAGGUUUUUUUUUCUUUCU